AUGUUCAAAACGCUUAAAGGUCAUGAAGAUCUUCAGGAUGGUAUUAUUGUUGUUAGUGAAUCGAAAAAUGCAUCUGCUCUUCCAUUCAUCAUUCAUUAUCUUGGGGUUGGUGUUGAAUUAAACAAGAAAACAGUGAUUGUCACCAGCAAACUUUCAGAAUUGAACUACAGGCUAAUUUGUUCAAAAGCAGGAGUUCGAUGGAAUGCAAAUCAAACGAUUGUGGUGCAAAUGAUAGAGCCUUCAUAUUCGUUUGAUAUUGAUGUUUCCACAAUUCUCAACGACCUUAGCAAAAAAAUAUUGGUGCAAGACCCGGAUAUGGUAGUCUUCGACGAUUUGUCUUCCAUAGAUAACCUCGGGGCAAAAUCUGCCACAAUUAUUGAAUUUGUACAUAAGGUCUAUUCGGAAUUGAAAAAGAAACACGAAUCUGUGACGAUAUUGUCUGCAAUAUCAUCUGCGUCAGAUGCUGUGGAAUUCUUGAAAUCACGAUGUCACACCCAUAUCGAACUCAUACCAGUUGGGCACGGAUUCGGAAAAGACGCAAAUUCAAAGGCAAUAAUUUCUUCGAAAAAACCCAGUUGCACGCACUCAAUUCGGCAAAUGCUAAUAUCCGGCGAGCGAAUAAACAACGCAGUUUGGAUUGCAUCCCAAAAAUGA